CAAACGAACAACUAAAUUUCAAGGUCAGCAUACAUUGGCAUAAAUGGGAAAGUCUGUAAUUUUACACUUUUACAUGAAUCUUUAGCUUGCAAAUACAUCAAUACACACCCACUGGUAUUCAAACAAGCAAAAGGACAACCGUAGCCAUCUUUUAUGAGAGCAGAAAGAUAACGGCAGCAUCAUUGCGCCAGCCAACAGGACAGACCCCUCUUCACAGCGAGUGGAGCGAACGGCCAGCCCUGCGUGAACUGCGUUUGAUUGACAGCCGGCGGAGGGCAGCGCUGUGUGAUAAUCUAAGUCCUCUCAGUUCCUCUCAGACGCUCUGAGCCGGGCCUGCUCGAUUUAACCUGGCUCCGCCCCGCCCCCUCCGAGCCCCGUCUGCCGUCGCCCUGGGUUACACGCAGCUCUCCCCGGCGCUCCGCGAUCCGCGCGACUCGGCGGCCAUGCGGCGAACAUCGAGAGGACGGCGCGGGGGGUCCUGAGCGGGAACUGAGGACGGCGGUCGGGGGGGGGAGACGCCGGUAGAGAAGCAGCAGCUGGGUUCCUAGCAGACGCUCUCCUGUGUGAGUGUGUGUGUGUGUGUGUGUGCGUGUGCGUGUGUGUGUGUGUGACAUCACCGUGGGGAGGUGUGGAGAUGGUCAUAGCAGAGGCGGAUUACACUGCGGCAUUGUGGACAGCACUUGAAUUUGACUUUGAACAUGACGUCUUGUCUAAAGAUUAUAAAUGCUACAAUGUAAGAAGAUAAAAACGACGGUAAAACAUUCAAAUGCUUAAACAUUCAAAAACAAGAAAGGAACGCACCCUGCCUCAUUUCCUCCUUAUAAAGGGAAACAAUGAGACCCAUCAUCAUUGCGCACUGUCUUCCGCAAAGCUCAUCAUUCACUGAAGGAUAAUGGCGGUGUCGUGGUCUUGGCAACAAAGCCAAUUGGCGGGCUGCUGUUUUGCUGGAGUUAUAUGACACUUUCAAAGCCCUGUUAACAUGCUGAAGCUGUGGGGAGCACUGGUCUGCCAAAUGGCAAUAAAUAUCACUUGCCACAUCGUCAAAGCCAAUGUGUGCCUUGGAGGUCAGGACAUCUUUGCAACAGUCAGAGAAAACAGUCCACCUGGGGAGUUUGUCGCAAAUCUCAGCAUCGCUAAAGACCCAGGAGCCAAUAGCAUCCGUUUGUGCCUCACUGGAGACAAUGCUGAUUGGUUCUACCUGGAGGCGAAAUCCAUCAGACUCAACACAUCUUUUUCAAGAGUGCUAGAUCGGGAGGUCCAAGGGCCUGUUUUAAUUGCAGCAUUAACAUGCUAUGAAGAUGACGUCAUACAGGGGAAACUCUUUCAGAGUGAAUACAGGAUUGUGGUGGAGAUCCUGAAUGAAAAUGACAACCUGCCGGCCUUCUCGGAGCUGACCGCCCAGCCCUUUGACGUAAGCGAGCUGACGGCAGUGAACACCGUCGUAUUCACCGUGCAGGCCAGAGACGCGGAUAAUGACACCAUUGCGUAUGUCAUCGACGCAUCAUCGACUGAUGCCAGCUUUUUCAAAAUAGACCUGCCUAACAGUGGGAAGGUGGCGCUGGCUCAACCUCUGGACUACGAGACCAAAACCAGGCUGCAGUUCACCGUUUACGCCGUGGAGAUGAACACCGAGGAGAGGUAUAGCGCCACAGCCAACAUAACGGUGAAUGUUGUGGACGGGGACGACCAGUACCCCCAGUUCCAGCCCUGCACCGUUCCCUCUCAGGAAGAGACGCCCCCUGUCUGCACCAGCCCCGUGUACGUGGUGAACGUCACUGAGAAGGAGCAGGACACCAUCUUAUAUUUUUCUCCUGGUCCAAUUCACGCCGAGGAUGGGGACAGGGGUCUGAUGACCCCAUUGGUGUACACCAUCCUGUCAGGCGCGGACAACGGCAGGUUUCGCAUUGACAACGAGACCGGGGAGGUGGUGCUGACGCGGCGAGUGGAGAACAGACUGCUGACCCCCAACCUCAGACUGAGGAUCAUGGCCUCCCAGCGGGACGACCCAAAAAAGUACGCCGUGGCGACGGCGCUGGUCCGGGUCCUGGCCGAGAACCGCUUCCCGCCCCGGUUCAACAGAACGGCCUACCGGGGCUUCGUCACGGAGAGCGGGAGCGCGGCCGCGCUGGUCUCCACCUACGGGGACGCGGCGCUGCUCAUCCAGGCUGCGGACAGAGACUUCGGAGACGGAAUUAAUCCAAAGAUCCAUUACUCUCUGAGGCCAAAGUCCCACAGCACGGGUCUCUAUCAGAUCACACAGGAAGGACUGAUCAUCGCCAGAGCCAAUCAGCUGCGAGCUUUUGACAAACACCUCCUCGAGGUGCUUGCAACAGACCAGGAAUCGGGAGAGGUGGUGAACGCCUCCGUCAGCAUUGAGGUCCUGCGAAAAGGCCGACCAGCCCCCCUGAGCCCGUUUGGCGAGGGGCGCCUGUACGGGACGAUGGCGGUGGGCGCGGGCGUGGCCGGGGGCCUGGUGGGCGUGGUCGUGCUCCUGCUGGCGGUGGUGCUCUGUCUGAUCCGGCAGCUGGCCCGGGCUCAGCGGCGGAGGCGGCGGGACGCGGGGGGGCUGGCCCCAGCAGCGGCGGGAAAACUGCCCAACGUGGUCAACCACAGAGGGGCCACGCCUCUCCGGGACGAACUGUCCUAUCACAACGAGGCAUUCGCCUCAUGUGACGCGGCGAGCUCCGUCCUGCAGGGCAAGCACGGAGUGUACACUCGAAAGGGAUCGCUGGCGCCCGCGUGGACCGCAAACAGGGACGACCCCGCCCCCCAGGAUGAGCCACCGCCCCUCCCGGUCCCGGACUCGCUACCCAGAGGAGCGACGGCGUCCAUUAUGACCGACGGGAGGACAGCGAACAAAUCGGUCCCCAAAACCGUCUCGUUUCGGGACGAGGACGGGGCGACCCCGGAGAACGGGCCCGGCCUGGCGCGGGUUCGGGGGGAGACCACGCAAGCAAACGCCCAGGGGGACGGCGCGGCACGGUCGCCGCGGGAACCGCUCCUCGGCCAAUCGAACGAAAUGGGAAAGGCGGCGGUCGGGGGGCGCAGGAAGGACCAAUCAGACGGGGCAAAACAAGGCGGUGAGGACACGCCCCUAAAGAGGUUAAAAGAACCAGCGGGCAGCGGUGAUAAUGACAGCAACGAGGAGAUUGAGGUCCCAGAGAACCCAUACAAGCUAUGAAUAACGCAUGAGGAGAGACCAGCGGAUAAUGGAUGGCACACAGAAGCAGCAGCAGUAAAGAUCAGGGCCGGAGAAUCUGGCUAAAAUGACACAGAGGCAGACGGUGCCUUGUGGGGAGAAAGCUGUUUCCUCCGGAAGACGCGUUAUUGAAAAAACACCAAAAAAUAAAAAUCGACCAGGACUCUGCUGCAAUGCAGGCUAGGCUUUAUUUGUUUGUUUUUUUGUUGAAGAUACAUAAAAUUCUGAUUGCAUUGUACAUAAACUGUAUUUCAUGAAGCCAAGGUACUGUGUAUAUGGACAAUCAUUUCAGAAAUGUUUAUACAUAAUGUUAAAAUAAUUAGUCUGACCUCAACAUUGCUAAUCCUCCAGUGCAUGUUCACGCAUUUCGAACAGCAAGUAUUCUUAAAAGCAAAAAGGAACACUGUCAAAGACAUCGUUUGCUCGAAGAUUUGUGCGAUGAUAUCAACAGCCUUAAUGUCGUCACAUUUCAUUCAAUUUAAAAUGUAAAUGUCAUAUAAACGUAAUUACAUUACAUUUAAUAACAUUAAAAUGUUAUUUACUAAUGCGGCGCAGUUUGACAGUCGAGCACAACUGGCAUUUCAGGAAAUGACUUCAGAGGUUCACAGCAGAGAGCAAAAGAGCCUUUGUCUCACAUACGCUAUGUUCAGUUUGUUUUAUUUUUAUUGAAUUUGCAUUGUACAGUAGCUGCACAUAUUUUGGUACUCUAUUGCCCUUUCGUAGCCCCCCCUUUUAUAACACAAGCCUGAAAAUUACAGACCCAAAAUAAAAUGGUUUCUUUAAUCCUUUUGA